AUUACAUUACAAAAACAUUUAGUAAUAUUAGAUAUUUUAUUUUAAAAAUAUUAUUUAUUUCUAAUUUUUAGUUAAAAUUAUAGUUAAAAAAACAACAAUAUAAAAAUGCCCUGGCUAGAAUUUUAUACAACAUUACCGGCAUCAAAAAUACCCAUUGAUUUUCAACCAAAAUUGGCCAAGGUACUAUACCAGGUGCUACCCAAUAAACAAUUGCAACGUAUAUGUGUACACUUGGUUACCGAUCAAAAUAUUUAUACAGGUACCGAUCCCGACAACAAUCAACCGAAAGCUUACGGUGUUUUACGUACUAUCGGUGGCGUAACCCUUGAGGACAAUAGGCGAACAAUGCCCGUACUGGCCGAUCACGUCCAACAGGAAUUGGGUAUCAGUCCGCAGGAAUUUCGUAUGUUUUUUACUGAUCUACCGAAAGACAUGUACGGUGUAAACGGGAAAAUAUUUCACGAUUUACUCAUUGAAGGAAAAGAGCAAUUUUUUGGUAACCAAACCGAAACCAAACCGUAAAAAAUAAAAAAAAAUUUAUAGAAAAAUAAAUAAUAAUUUUUUUUUUUGAAUAAAAUUGUUUGACAAAAAUUUA